AUGGGCUUGAAAACGGUGGUUUUGACGGCUCUUAGCCUUGUCGCUUUCACAAAUGCCUCUGCCAUUGACGCACGGUCUACUAAGCCAGUAAACACUCAAUACUACAACUCAAAGACCUCUCAAUACUACGUUGAGCCAAAAGGUAUCCCCGAGGUUGCUUUUGAUGUCGGUGAGAGCUAUGCUGGACAGAUCCCAGUCGACUUGAAGAAGACCAGUUCCAAAGACCCAAAGUUUUUCUAUUGGUUCUUCCCAACUGUCAACCCAGCUGGCAAGGAUGAUGUUGUUAUUUGGUUCAAUGGCGGUCCUGGAUGUUCUUCUCUAGAAGGCUUCAUCCAAGAGAACGGCCCCUUCAAAUGGCAGUACGGAACAUACAAGCCAGUUCCAAACGCAUGGUCAUGGCACAAACUGGCUAAUGUUAUUUGGGUCGAAUAUCCCAUUGGCACAGGCUUUUCAACCGGUCAUGUCACUGCUCACAACAACACGGAAACAGCGGAUGAGUUCGUCAAAUGGUGGAAGAAUCUAGUCGACAUCUUCAGCCUGCAAGGCAAGAAACUCUACGUCACCGGUGAAUCCUAUGCCGGUGUCUAUGUUCCUUAUGUCGGCGCUGCCAUGCUUGAUAAGAAAGACAAGGAGUACUACGACGUUCAAGGCGCCUUAUACUAUGAUCCCGUCAUGCCGUACGCUGACGAGCUUCACCUUGACAAGGCAGCUUUUCCAGCUUUCUUUAGACAUUGGGAGAGUGUUUUUGCUAUCCCCAAUAAGAACAAGAAGAUCCUUGACAACGACAACGAGAAGUGUGGGCUGGAUAAGUACCGUGAAGCGCAUUUGACAUACCCCCCUCCUUCAAAGCCUUGGAAGGCUGUUCAGACCAAAGGAUGCGACAUCACUUCUCACUUUGAUGAGAUCAUCCCUGUCAUCAACCCCUGCUUCAAUGUUUACCACGUCCAAGACACAUGCCCUGUUCUGUGGGACAUCUUGGGUUUUCCUUCGGUCGAGUACAAUCCCCCCGGUGCUACAAUCUACUUCAACAUCCCUGAAGUGCGAAAAGCCAUCCAUGCCCCCGCUGCGCCAAAGAACUGGACAUCUUGUUCCGGCCCUGUCUUCAUCAACGAUGACCCACACUAUGAUCCAGCCGAGCACGAGAAAAAGUUCCAAACGCUGGUCGAAAAGACCAACAACGUCAUCAUCGGCUCCGGAAUGGCUGACUACAUCAUCACGUCUAACACGACAGCUUUGGCGGUACAGGGUCUUACAUGGAAUGGCAAGCAGGGAUUUCAAAAGGCACCCAGCGACGAGUUCGUUGUGCCGAUCAUCAACAACACUGCUUCGAACACGGAGAACUGGGCUGGUGGUAGUGUGCAGGGAGAGGUUCACUCGGAGAGAGGAUUCACUCUUGCUACAGUUAAGACGAGUGGACAUAUGGUGCCCCAAUACGCGCCUCCCGCGGCUUUUAGACAACUUGAGCAUUUACUUGGAAGAGUUGAGUCGUUGACAGAGCCAGAGCCGUUUUCGAUUAACAUUUCUACUUCUUUCAAGUGGCCGUACUAG